AACAGGGCCAGGCCAAGUCGCCCACACCUUUUAAGAAGAGGAAACUGUCUACGUCGAAAGCUUCUGGUGAAAAAAAAAAUUAAGAUCCAAACCUACUGGCAAGGUUUCUUUUGGUGCUAAAAACUUUGCUGGUAGGAAGUUUGGCAGAAAAACAUGGAUAAAAUUGCAGCAGGAAACAAAGGAUUUAGAGCGGGAAAAACGGCAGGGGUCAGCAGCCGGUUUGUGAAGAGUAAAGGAGGAAACAGGUUUGGAGAAAACAAAGCAUAAAGGUUUGGGGAAAAGGACUUCAAGAAGAAGAAAGAGAAAAGGUGAAGAUAAGACAUGAGUUUUAACAAUUAGUUUGCUAAUGCUUAAUUGCUAAUCUGCUAAAACAUCUGUGAAAAGGCUGCAAUCUGUCUAAAGACAUAUUUGUGUUUUGUAAAAAUUGUUCAUAUAAAUGUUUAUUGAAUUUACGGCUAUAAAUAAUGGAGUCUUUCAUGAGAUUGCUGUGAUUCCCAUGAAACGAUGCUGUGUUGUAAUAAACAGUUGAUGAGAUGGAAAAAGGGUUGUCCAGAGGAAAUGAAACUUUGAUCAGUGAGAUGUGAACAUGUCACAGGAAAAUCUGUAAUUUGGGAAUAUUGGCUAUUUGUACAGAAUCUGAAGAAACUUUGGACAAAGUGACAUUAUUACUGGAGACACGAUAAAAUGGCAGUGAACAUUAGCAACAGGAACAGCAGCUGUAGCAGUACUUUUCAAACAGAACUGUUACCUCCCAUCUACGGUGUGGAGAUGAGUGUGGCACUGGUGGGGAACAUACUGGCACUGUGGCUGCUUGUGACUAAGGAGAAGAAGAACUGGCACACGGGAGUGGUGUUCUCCUGCAACCUGGUCAUCAGUGACGUCUUUUACGCCCUCACUCUCCCCCUUCUUAUCCAUUACUAUUCAAGUGGACGGAUCUGGAAAUUUGGUGAUGCUGUCUGCAAAAUAGAGCGCUUUCUCUUCACCUGUAACCUCUACGUCAGCAUUUACUUCAUCAUGUGCAUCAGUGUUAAUAGAUACCUGGCCAUUGUUCAUCCAUUCUUCACACGCAAACUCAUUCGACCAAAACAUGCCAAGAUCAUCAGUGUGUUCGUCUGGAUCUUUGUGGCAAGCAUUUCAUCUCCAAUCCUCUACUUUUCAGGUGUCAAGAAGGACAGAUGUUCUUUAUUUGCAAAUCUAGACAGUAAAUCAAACAGGUCUACCUACAGGGUGUUUAUGGCUGUUACGGGCUGUUUGGUCCCAUUUGUAGUUACUUUUGCAUCCUAUUUUGGUGUAAUAUGGGUGGUUUUUAAAAAUGCAAAUAUCACCUCAUUGGAGAAGAAAAAAGUGGCUCUGAUUGUGGGUUUAGGCUGCGUCCUGUACGCUGUGUCUUUUAUCCCCUUUCACAUUCUGCAAAUAGUGACCUUUAAACUGAGGGAAGAAGGUAAGACUAAUUGUGAUGUGCGUAAUGGAUACCAAGUGUCAAAGGCGUUAGCCUGCCUGAACAUGUGCCUCCAUCCCAUCCUGUAUAUGGCUGUGUUUGACAGUAUCAGGGCAGUGUGCUGUAGAAGGAGCUUAAAUGAAUACAACUUGUGAAUUGAACAGUUGGAGUUGCUGUGAUUAUUAUUAUUAUUAUUAUUAUUAUUAUUAUUAUUAUUAUUAUUAUUAUUAUUUCAUUAGCCUUCAGUCACUUUGAAGUGAAAAAAAGGGGUGGGGGUCGUUGGCCAGAAAAAGUCGAUUGUUGGUUUCUAAAUAAUCACUAGUAGUAGGGCAAUUUGUGACUGACUACUAUGCUAACUUUUUUUUUUUUUAAUUGAGUAGUGACUGUUUACAGAUUAGGGCAGUAAAGCAGUGCAUAUAAUUAUGGAAGUAUGAAGUUGUCUAUUUUUAUAAAAUAUAUUUAUUUGAUUCUUUUCUGGUUUUAAUAGGUUUAGUCACAUAGUAUCCUCAAGGGACCACUGUGGUACUCUAUAGAUCCAUUAAGUCUAUACCAAAGCUAAGCCGAAGUUGAGCCUAAAUCUGUUACCAUGGUAAACUGCAAAGCCAAUACAUUACCCUCGUGUGCCACAUGUUGAGUGCUUACCAAGUCAAAGAUGUGUUACUGGAUCUUUUUACUAACCUCAGUGUCACUGCUGGGUUGAAAAUAAUAAUAAUUUUAAAAAGAUUCACAGCCAACAGUGUUGUUGUGGUUAAAAAUGAUUCAUUUCAUUAACUAGACCACCAUAUGUGGUGGCAGGGUCUGAUAAUUUUAGAAAUGACAAUAAUCUAAAUAAAAUGCAUAAAAGUGUUGUAAUGCAGCUGUGACAUACAGUGGUAUCUGCUACCAUAUAAGCAAUCUACUGAAUGUUAGAAAAAAAAUUGAAUAAAAUGCAUCGAAUAUAACAGGAGAGAAGCUGUAGGAGCAAUGAUUGCUGUGAUAAAAGAAGAACCAGCGUCUACACAACAGCGGCUGCAACCUGUGGUGGCAAUGUUAACAAACGGUUUAUUAAUCUGAUGAAUAAAUGAGAUAUUCUUCCAUUCAUGACUGCAUUUUGCCCAAAGAUAUACUUGUGCCAUGUAAAAACUUCAUAUAAAGGCUUCUUGAAUGUUCUUUUAUAAGUGAUUUAGGAUUGUCGUCUGUACAUUGCCGUUUCUCAUAUUUAACAAAGGAAGAACAAUGUAAACAUUGAUAAAGAAGUCAUUUUAACAGUGUAGUGGAUAAGUCUUGACUCGUAGAUGCUGCACAGGAAAAUCAACUCCCUUGGGAGAAAACAGAUUCUCUAACAGUAAUACUGUUGAGUAUUU